AUGACUGGAACCUCUUGUAAUUGUGUCCAGGAAGAAGACGCCAAAAAGAAAGCCCAGGAGGAGGAAGAUGAACGGAAGAAGGAACUUGAGUUGUUAUUGGCCAGAUCUACAUCGCCAGCGUUUCUAAAUGGAACACAGGGAAGAGCUGAUUGCACCUGCAUGCCAAAGGCUAACCUUCCAUCGCACGACGACAAUGAGGCCAUCACCAACAACCACCAUCAGUACGAAUCUACAGAAGGUCAGAAGAACAAAGAAGACAGCAAACUGCUAAAUCCUUCAGUGAACACAGAGCGUCGAAUAGUUCUCGCUUGUCACUCAUCUCCAAUUCACUCAAAUGAAUAUCGAGAUCGUUCAAAAAGAUUGAACAGGCACACUUCAUUGGUUCUUUGCGGGCAAAACGGUGGCCCAACGCAUCGACAACGUAUUCAUAGCUGGAGUGGAUUAUGUCAGCAUUUCAAUCCACAAUGUCCUAUCCACGGACGUCGAGCACUUCUGGAAACAUAUGCUCGGGAAAAGUUUAUUGAGGUACUGAAAUUUUGGCAAAUUCCUUCAAAAUAG